ACUCACUGUGAGUUUGCCAAAGUGCACAUCUUUUUCCUCCUACAGUUUCAUUCUGAAGUCAAGCAGCACCAUGAAUUCGUGGCUGAGGUCUCAUCUCCUGUUUGCAGCCCUGUUUCUGAGCAGCUCGGCUCUGACGCCUGAAGAAUGCCAACCGUUGGUCACACCUUUGUCUCUGGCAGACCCUUCCUUGCUGUACGGUAAAUGGCAUCUCCUGGCUGGCAAUACUGACAGUAAUACUUUUAAUGCCAUACUGAAUGUAACAGAGAGCUCCUGGAUGAACAUCAAAGCGUCCAGCCCUUCUGAAAUUGUUAUGUCCGAGGAGAACAAUAUAGGGGGGACCUGCUUCAGUGGAACAGAGAACGGGACCAUUGAAGGAAACACUGUAACAAUGAAGCUUCCCAACAUGACCUCAGAGUUCCAUGUGCUGCCAAGCUGCCAGGACUGUCUGCUCCUGAGUGGCAACACCACUGUUAAGAACUUCAAACAGAUGCUUCAGCUCCUGAAACUCAGUGACACUGAUGUACCGGAUGAGCUCCAUGGUCAUGCUCUUUAUCUUUUAGGCAAAACACCAACUCUGACGGACUCGGAUUUGGAACAUUUCAAGAAGCAAGCAAGCUGCCUUGGCUUUUCUGGAGAACCAGACUUCGAGUACAAGCCUGAGAAAAGUUUCUGUAAAGAAGGUGAAGGCAUCAGGAUGCCAUUCUCCUAAUAGAUCAUAAAAGGAGAUCAGAGUGGUGUCAUCCACCUGAUGAAGAGAAUGACUGACUAAAACAGUCCCAUGUUAACCUGUUUUUCUCACAUGUUUGUCGGAUUUAUGGCCUCUCAAAUAAAACAUACAUGCAAUGAGAAAAAGAUAUCCCAACGUGAACUGAAAACUAAAUAAAACUGAAUUAUUAAACAGCAAAAA